UUACGAUUCACUUCGCGUCGGACUGUCGAACAUUUGUGGUGUUGAUGUUUUGAUCCGAACGAAUAGUUUGUAAAUUUAAUAUAUCGUUAAUUAUAACUUAUUCGCACGCAAACUCAGAAUCAUUAUUAAAAGCAAUUGGCGUAUAUUAUGAUUUGAUAGUUUUUGCGUUCGCUUUAUGUAACAAUGGAUAUACCAACUUCAACUAGCCUGAAUCAUAGUGGACUCACGCACAAUACAGAUGGAUUCUUAGGCAUUCCUAUUGAAUCGUCAACUCUGGAUGCUCUGGCAACCAAACGAAGAAGCUCCUCACGCACAAUAAAACGCAAGAAGUUUGAUGAUGAAGUGGUGGAAACAACGUUUAACCUACAGCCACCAGCCACAAGUGCAAAGUCGACAUCAAAAUCGCGAACAGUUUCUGUAUCUGCCGGUCCUAUGGAUGUUUUGCCAACACAAACUUUACCUACGCCAAUACCAAUUCCAACCACCUUAGCACAAUCUGAUAGAUGCAAUCGGAGACCCACUAGACCGAGUGGUUCAAAUCCUGGACGAAAAAACAAAAAGAGUAAAAAUCACUCGCAUUCCAUAAAUGCCACUAAAGAUCUUGGGCGAUGGAAACCCGCAGAUGACUUGGCAUUGAUUACUGGUGUACAGCAAACAAAUGAUCUGAGAAUGGUUCAUCGAGGUACAAAAUUUUCCUGUCGCUUUACAUUGCAAGAAAUACAACAAAGAUGGUAUGCACUGUUAUAUGACAGUGCAGUUUCUCGUGUGGCUGUGCAAGCUAUGCGCAACUUACAUCCUGAAUUAAUUGCCAGUAUACAGGCAAGAACGUUGUAUAGCAAAGCUGAGGAGGAUCUGUUAGGCACUGUUAAAUCAACUUCUCAACAAACAUUGGAAGUAUUUCAAGAAUUGCUUGAAGCAAAUGCACAUACGUUUUAUCCAGCUAGGACUGCGAAAGCAUUGCACAGUCAUUGGCAGCUUAUGAAACAAUAUCACCUAUUGCCAGAUCAGACAGUGCAGUGCUUGCCUCGUGGUGAACAUGUAUUGAACUUCUCUGAUGCUGAAGAUAUGAUCAACGAUAAUGAAUUAAUGGAACCAAAGGACGAAUUGGUAGAUUCUGAACUGGCAAUGGCUGACAGAAAGAAUAAAAAAGAAAUUAAAAUAUUGGAAAACGAGCUUGGCAGAUGGCAAGUACUUGUUGACAAUGUAAUUGGCAGCAAUCCGCCAGAUUUUGAUAAUCAGACCUUAGCUAUUCUCAGAGGCAGACUUGUCAGGUAUCUCAUGAGAUCUAGAGAGAUUAGUGUAGGACGUUCCACAAAAGAUCACACUGUCGAUGUGGAUCUUAGCUUAGAAGGUCCAGCUUGGAAAGUUUCGCGUCGACAAGGUACCAUUCGUUUAAGAAAUAAUGGAGAUUUCUUUCUGUCAUCCGAAGGAAAGCGGCCAAUUUUUGUGGAUAGCAGACCAAUUCUGGCUGGCAAUAAAAUGAAACUGAAUAACAAUAGUGUGAUUGAGGUUGCAGGAUUAAGAUUCAUAUUUUUAAUAAAUCAAGAACUCAUCUCUGUGAUACGGCAAGAAGCUGUUAAAUUGAAUUUAAAUCCUUGAAGCAUUUUGAAAAACAAUGGACAAUAUCAAGUAUUGUGGUUCACAGUAAUUGAUAAAAUACCUUUCCUAAAUAUAAUCUAACUUUUUACAUCUAAAAAUAGCAAAUACAUUGUAUAGAUACUCAUUGCAUAUUAUCUCUUAAUUUGCUCGUGUCUGUAAGACUAGUAUAUCAUAGAAUAUUUUAUUAAAAAAAUUUUUUUGUAAAAACAAAAGGAGAAAAAGAGAACAAAUCAAAAUAUUAUCAAUUAAUGAACAACAGUUAAUAGAGUUUAAUGCUAAACUGUAUUUAUGCAUAAAAUAUUUUAAGAAUCUAACGUAGGCUUGCAUAUAUAUUGUCUGGAAAAAAUUUUUCUAUUUUUGCUUAUAUAUGCAACAUUGCUAUAUGUGCAACAUUUUUAAAUCCACUCGUACUCUUAGUGUUUGCACAUUAAUGAGUGCUUUUACAUACUUAUGAAACUAAAGUUAUUUAGGCAGUAUAUAAUAUACAUUGAAGUAUACAUUAACUUUAUUAUACAUAAACUUUUAAUAUAAAUUUAAAUAACAUUUAGCAAUAUGUAUCUGCAUAAUAAAUUAACUUUAGUCGCGCAAUAUUAUACAAGUUUCUUUACGUUUUUAUAGAUUCUAAAAGCAAUUGCAUAAAAUCUCGGACAAAUCUGAAUAGCAAAUUAAUACUGUUUGUUUAUUUAUAGAAGUAAUUUUAUUAUAAUAAACUAUCAUAUUGU